AUAGAAUAAAGGAGAGAUAAUUGAGCUCUGGAAUCUGAUGUCUCAAAAAGUCAAGGACUGGAAGCCCCAGGCCCCUGCUGGUAGGAGGCUGGCAUCUCUGGAACAGGACUUGGCAAAAACAGGAAGGUAAGGUUUCUUGGGUCUUUUACCUGUUUGACAGCAGCAACCUGGCACCAAAGAACUUUGAUCUUCCCUCAUGUGCGCUCUUAUCUACUUCAUCCUUCCUCUGUCUCAUCUUCCUGGGAAAAGCAACCCCCACCUCAGUUAUCCCCAAGGCACCACAUUACCACCCAAAAGGGACUUCUCCCAGCUUCUCACUCUGAAUGUGACUGGCCCAGGUGAGAAGCAGCCAAAAAGUCUGCUUUCGGGACCCAUUCCCAUCAAUGUCUGCUGAUAAGACAAGCAGGCUAGGACAGGAAAUAGGGAGGGGAAAACGAAAGCAAGCUGAUGCCAGCCUGCCCUGUGCUCCCACCCCACCCACAGUGCCCCCAUCAGAAUUUGACUAUGCUAGUGUGAUUGUGUGGUGGGAUGAUUGUGAAAACACAACUGUGUGGGUGUGGGACUUUGAGUAUAACUGAGGCUAUAUGAUUCUGUCUGGGGUUGUCUGACCAUGUGAGGUUGAUCCAGUGACUGAAGUGUGACUGUGAAUGUGUAACUACAGGUAUGAGUGUGCAUAUCCUCACUGGAUGCCACUAUGGAUCCUCUGCCCCCCUUACUGUACCAUCAGCCCCCACGUGCAUAACUCAUCUCCCCAGCUUCUCUGCCCAGAACUUAGAAGCCCAUGGGAAAUGGCAGUCCUAAAAAAGGAGGGGUUUGUGGCACAGGGGUCUGUGGUAAUUAGAGCCCAGGAAUGUCACAAGAUGAGCAAUACAUCUUCACCUGCGGCUGACUCACCUGGUGCCCCAGGUAUAAAAGGCACCCAGAUAACAGGUAGGAAAGGAGGAGAGAGAAGGAAGCAUCCAGGCUGAGCAUCAUGAAGGGACCCUCGCCCACCAGCGGCCUCCUGCUGUUCCUGUUGUUCCUGAGCCCAGACCCUGGAGGAGCAUUGCCGCUGCCAAUCAGCCCUGCAUGCUGUACUCAGCUCUACCGACAGCCACUCCCAAACAAGCUACUGAGGAGGGUCAUCCGAGUGGAACUUCAGGAAGCUGACGGGGACUGUCACCUCCAGGCCUUCGUGCUUCACCUGUCUCAACGCAAGGUCUGCAUCCACCCCCAGAAUCGCAGCCUGAUUCGGUGGUUUGAGCGCCAAGGGAAGAGGCUCCAGGGAACUCAGCCCAACCAGAGUUUGGAGCUCAUAGGGAAAAUGGGCUGGGACCCCCAGUAGCCAAAGUAAUAAAGCAGCGAUGCACAAUAUUCUCUGACUGU